UUUAUAAUCAAGAAAAACCCACUUAAAUGAAAAAGACUAAUUCCCAAAACUCAUUUAUUGUUGAAUUUACUAGAAGUCUCUCAAGAACCUCCUUGCUGUUCCACAAUAGUCUCCCUGAACCUGGUUCUUUCCAAAAGUUACCUUCAAACAUGAUCUUCUCAAACCUUUGCCUUCACCACCUAACCUUAUCACAUCAUAGCUGAUGUUCCUCAAGUUCAUUCUCCUUCUAAUCUGUUGUUUCUGAAACCUCACACUGAACUCAAAACGCUUUAAACCACAUUUCCCAGAGGCAGACUUCUUCCUCCCAGCUAUGAGAACAGCCCUGGUGGCAAGCCCCUGGAGGGGUCCACAGCACAAGCCAGGUUUGGCCAGGUGGGGGACUGGGACAGGACAGUGGCUUCCUUCUGCUUCCCCUCUCAUCCUCGAUGGUGGCAGUGCCUAGACAUAGCCGGACCGGAGAAGCCAAAGGCACUUUUCAUAAAGUCUCUUUAAAUCUGUUCUCUUGGUUUUAAACAUUUCUUGGCCUUUCAACAAUUCGACUUUCAAGCGCAGCCUCAGAAAAGCAGUUGUUGUUUAAUCCAUUUCGCAUUCUGGAAAUUCCCUCAAGAUAUGAUUAAUCUAGCAACACCUCUUUCCAAUCCCUGACCAGUUGUUUACCCGCUUAAAUGGGUAACUCAGGAUAAUUAUUACGUACAUCAGCUAUUUCCAAAUUCACUUCUAGUUUUCGGGCUCUACACCAACCAUCUGAGCCAUUCCCUCAGGGAGUGGUGGGGGGCGUGGUGCAGGUGUAAAUUUUCUGCCCAACAUGGAAGUGCCACCGUGGCUUCCUCGUUCAUCUUGAACACCAGAAGCGAAGUGCCGACCCGGGCUCUGGCGCACCCCCAGGCCAGCUGAAGCUCACCGAGCCUUCGUGCGCCAUCGCCGCGGCAACAGCUCCAACCCCGGGGUUUCGCAAAGUCCCCGCGCGGCCGCCGCGGCCGCCGCCUACCGGUUGCCCGAGCAACGGCGCUCGCGCUGCACGUUCGGGCCACUCGCUCCGCCCAAUGGCCGUGCGUAGGUGCGUCGUCUCUAUGGUGGCGGCGGAUUCGGAGGAAGCCAACGUUCCCGGAGUGAGGCAAGCGGGCCUGGUGCUGCUGCAGACGUGACCUUUGACCCGAUCCGGGGGCUGCGGGGAGCCGAGCAGACAGAGGAAGAUCCUGGGAGCUACUCUGCCUCAUUCCCCACCGCUUGGCUCGGGCGCUUGGGGCCACCGGUCCUGUGCCGUUCCCAUCCCUCUUCCGGGGUAUCCCCAUCGCCCCAUGACUCAGCCCUGGGACUCUUCCUCUCCUGCUCCCCGAGACCCUCCCCACCUCAUAUGACUUCCCACCCCCGCCAUCACCGUCCUCGGGGCCUCCCAGUAUAUCAUGACCCAGUCCCAGUGUUCUCCUCCAGUGCCUCGUGACAGCCCCUCCCCGCCCCCGCAGGGAUCGCUGCUGUCUUCUGUUUCCCGCGCGUCUAGGAUUCGGUGUCUGACCUCCAGCAUGUUCCGCCGGGAGCGCUCCAUCCCCCUUCGAGGCUCGGCCGCCGCCCUGUGCAACAACCUCAGUGUGCUGCAGCUGCCCACCCACAACCUCACACACUUUGGGGUGGUCCAUGGACCCAGCGCCCAGCUUCUCAGCGCUGCCCCCGAGGGUGUGCCCUUGGCCCAGCGACAGCUUCACGCUAAGGAGGGUGCUGGAGUGAGCCCCCCACUUAUCACCCAGGUUCACUGGUGUGUCCUCCCCUUCAGAGUAUUGCUAGUGCUCACCUCACAUCGCGGGAUACAGAUGUACGAGUCUGAUGGCUCCGUCAUGGUCUAUUGGCACGCUCUGAACUCUGGAGAUGCCUCUCCAGUCCAGGCUGUGUUUGCCCGAGGAAUUGCUGCUAGUGGCCACUUUGUCUGCGUGGGAACGUGGUCAGGCCGAGUGCUGGUGUUUGACAUCCCAGCCAAGGGUCCCAACAUUGUACUGAGUGAAGAGCUGGCCAGGCACCAGGCACCGAUCACAGACAUUGCCACUGAACCUGCCCAGGGACAGGACUGUGUGGCUGACAUGGUGACGGCAGAUGACUCAGGCUUACUGUGUGUCUGGCAUUCAGGGCCCGAAUUCAAAUUACUGACCCACAUUCCAGGAUUCGGGGUCCCGUGCCCCUCUGUGCGGCUGUGGCAGGGGAUCAUCGCAGCGGGCUAUGGGAACGGGCAGGUGCGUCUGUAUGAAGCAAGGACAGGCAGUCUGCACGUCCAGAUCCAUGCCCACGCCCGGGCCAUCUGCGCCCUGGACCUCGCUCCCAACACGGGCAAGCUACUCUCCACGGCUGAGGACACCUUUGUGCACAUCUGGAAGCUGAGCAGAAACCCAGAGAGCAACUCCAUUGAGGUGGAACACGGUCAUGGUGAGUGUGUCCCCGACACCCAGGUGUGUGGUGCCCGGUUCUGUGAUCCCUCGGGCAGCUCCUUCGCCGUGACUGGCUAUGACCUUGCUGAGAUCUUGAGAUUCCGCAGUGCGUGAGAGAAGAGCAGCUCUCCUGUCUCCCGUGUUGUUUAUAAAGUUCUCCCUCCACCCA